CCACAAUGCCGGUUCCAACAUGAUUCAAAUAACCCCCUCCUCCCGUUCUGCCAUCAAUUCGUUUACAGUGUUAUCAGAUUCCAUUUGCCGGCACCAACGAAGGCAACGAAUGAACGAUGAACGAACAUGCUUUGAGUUUUUGAAUCUGAAAUGCAAUAAAAGAAAUUGAUUGCGUAAGACAAAACGUUCUAUCCGGGAUCGUUUGUGUUGAAUAAUCGUGCAACAACGAUUAUAUUCUUAUUUAGAUUUAGAUAUCGAGAGUACCUACCUGAUUGUCUAAUCAAACUUCAUUUCCGGUCAAAAAUAAAAAUGGAUUUCUUGGAUAACGAAGCGGCUGAGAGUGAGGAAGAAGAAGAAUUAACUGAAGCACAAAGAAAGAAAGUUCUACGAUUGAAAGCUGUAGAAAGUGAUGAAGACGAUGAAAAUGAACAAAAAUACGAAGAAGAAUUGCAUGAUUUAAUCGAUGACAAUCCCAUUGAAGAAGAUAGUGACGGCGGUAAUUCCGAUUCGUCGACAAAAAAGCGUAAGAAGAGCGAUGAAGAAGAACUCGAUGAUCGGUUAGAAGAUGACGAUUAUGAUCUGAUCGAAGAAAAUUUGGGUGUAAAAAUUUCCCGACGGAAACGAUUCAAACGUGUUCGCCAGUUCGAAGAUGACGAUGAACGUGGCGAAACAGGAGGUGAAGACAGAGAAGCUAUCGCAAAUGAGUUAUUCGAUGGCGACGCCGAUCAGGAAGGAGAUGAACGCCGUGAAAGAUCUCGUGAGCGGAGAUAUGAUGAAGAAAAUUUCGACGAAGAAGGUUAUUCCGACGAAGAGGAUGAUUUUAUUGUCGACGAUGAAGGGCAACCUGUGACUGCCAGCAGGAGGAGACGAAGCCAUGUUUUCAGUAAUUCGGCAUUGCAGGAAGCUCAAGAUAUUUUCGGAGUUGAGUUUGACUUUGACGAUCUCGAACAAUAUGACGAAGAGGAAGAGGAUGAUGACGAUGAAGAUGACGGCGAAGAUGAGGAUGAUUACAUAGAUGAUGAUAUCGGCGAACCCAGAAGACGCAAAGCAAAGAAAGCUUCUCGCAAGAAACCUACACGUAAAUCUAUAUUCGAAAUUUACGAGCCUAGUGAAUUGAAGAGAAGUCACUUCACCGAUCUCGAUAAUGAGAUACGAAAUACUGAUAUUCCUGAAAGAAUGCAGUUGCGUGAUGUUCCAGUUACUCCUGUGCCAGAAGGCUCAAACGAACUAGCAACAGAAGCAAAUUGGAUUUAUCGGUACGCGUUUUGUAAACCGAGUAUUUCCACACAAGAUUGCAAAGGCGGCGUUGAUCCUAGAACGAUUACAAAAAAAGGAAGUGCUACUAUCACUAAAAUCGAGAAAGCUUUAGAUUUUAUUAGGAAUCAACACUUCGAAGUUCCUUUCAUUGCUUUUUAUCGUAAAGAAUACAUUAGGCCGGAAUUGAAUGUUGCGGAUCUUUCAAAAGUUUAUAAAUUUGACGCCAAAUGGUGUCAACUAAAAGCUAGAAAAGAAGCUUUACUAAAAUUAUUCGAGAAUAUGCGUCAAUUUCAACUUGAAGAUUUUACUCGAGAUUUAAAUGCUCCGGUGUCUGAAGACGUUCGCGUAUUAUCUGAAGAAGAUAUAGCCGCUGUGAAACAAGUUGAAACUCCCGAGGAACUGAAGGAUAUCCAUAUGCAUUUUCAACUUUACUAUGGUCAUUUAAUACCUAAAAUGCAAGAAAAACAACGGACGAAAGAAAGGGAAGAACGGAGACAAGCGAGACAAGAGUCGAGAAGAAGGCGUACCAAUGUUGGAGAAGACGAAGAAAGUAUCAUUGAUGGUGAUGUUGAAGAAGCUGAUGAACCUGAAGAAAACGAAGCCGAAGUGAUUAAGCCUGCCGCUCGUAGGGGUCCUUAUGCUACAUACAGAAAAGCGAAAUUAGAGGGACUUGCUAAACGUUUUGGUUUAAAGCCUGAACAAUUCGCCGAAAAUUUCAGAGAUAAUUAUCAACGUUAUGAAGUGGAACAAGAAGAAGUAGAACCAAUGGAGAUUGCUCAAGAAUAUGUAGGAAAUGUUCUCAAAACCCCCGAAGAUGUUUUGCAAGCUGUGAAAUAUAUGGUGGCUACUCAGAUAUCCAGAGAACCUGUGGUUCGUAAGGUACUGAGAGAUGCUGUCUUCGAACGCGCCAAAUUGAACGUAGUACCUACCCAAAAAGGUAUCAAAGAGAUUGACGAAAGUCAUACAUGUUACAGCGUCAAGUACUUGAAAGGAAAACCAAUUCGAGAAUUGGUGGGCACAGAGUACUUAAAAUUACAUAUUGCCGAAAAAGACAAAUUAUUGAAAAUUACUUUCGACGAUGAUAUCGAAGGCGUUGCGACUGGAUCUUGUUUAGAAGAAAUGAAGUCUCUGUACACCAAAGAUGAAUUCAGUAGCGUCGUACUGGAAUGGAAUGAUUUACGAAAUGAUAUUAUUGAAUUAGCGUAUAAAAAAAUGUUACUACCCGAUAUGAUCAAAGAUCUACGAAUACAGUUAUUGACUGAAGCUCAAGAAUGCGUGUUGAAGAUAAGCACUCAGAAAUUAUACUCUUGGUUGAAGGUGGCACCUUAUAGCGUUAAAUUCGAAGAAGAAGAAGAAGAAGAUGAUUGGGGUACAGAUAGAACCCCCCGUCAGAGUACAGAUAAUAAAGGUUUACAUGUUAUGGGCGUAUCGUAUGUAUCGGAUCUUUCUCAAGCUGCGUUUGCGUGCGUGGUAGCACCCGACGGAAAAUGCGUUGAUUAUUUGCGUCUUCCAAAUUUACUUCGAAAAAAAAAUUCUUUUCGCGAAGAUGAGAAAAUGAUGAAGGAAACUGACCUCAGAGCUUUGAGAAAUUUUAUAUCUGCAAAAAAACCUCACGUAAUUUGUGUUGGAGCAGAAUCUCGUGAUGCUAUCAUGAUAGUACAAGAUAUUAAAGAUCAAGUAUCUUUGUUAGUCGAAGAUGAACACUUCCCCGCGAUACCUGUCGAAAUUUUAGAUAACAAUUUAGCCAAAGUAUAUGCAAAUUCUAUCAAAGGAGAGAAUGAUUUCAGAGAUUAUCCUAUAUUAUUGAGACAAGCGAUCUCAUUAGCCCGUAGAAUGCAAGAUCCUUUGGUUGAAUUUUCUCAACUGUGCACUAAUGACGAUGAAAUUUUGUGUUUGCAGUAUCAUCCAUUACAAGAAUAUGUUUCCAAAGAAGAUCUCAAGGAAAUAGUCACCCGAGAAUUCGUCAAUCGAACUAACGAGGUCGGAGUUGACAUUAAUAAAGAAGUGCAGGAGGAUCACAUCGGAAAUUUAUUACAAUUCGUAUGCGGUUUAGGACCUCGCAAAGCAACCGCUUUGAUCAAAUUCAUGAAGCAAAAUGAUCAAAAAUUAGCGAACCGAACGCAAUUAGUUACGAUGUGUCACAUGGGACCGAAAAUUUUCAUAAAUUGCGCCGGCUUUAUCAAAAUUGACACGGAUUCAUUGGAUGACAGUACUGAAGAAUACAUCGAAGUUCUUGAUGGAUCUCGUGUCCAUCCAGAAACAUACGAAUGGGCUCGAAAAAUGGCCGUGGAUGCUUUAGAAUACGAAGAAGAGGAAGCAAAUCCAGGCGGCGCAAUAGAAGAAAUUCUAAAAUCACCUGAUCGACUGAAAGAUUUAGACUUGGAUGCUUUCGCCCAAGAACUCAAAAGACAAGGAUUCGGUGAUAAACGCGUAACACUGUAUGAUAUUCGAGCCGAAAUGAAUCAUCGUUAUAAAGAUUUACGAACUGCUUAUACUUCACCCACUACGGAAGAAUUAUUCGAUUUACUCACCAAAGAAACGCCUGAAACGUUUUACUUAGGAAAAAUGAUUCAAGCGACUGUUACUGGUAUUGUACGUAAAAAACCCGAUACUGAACAAUUAGAUGGAGCGAAUCCUGUUCGUAAGGAUGAAACUGGUUUAUGGCAGUGUCCUUUCUGCUGGAAAAAUGAUUUCCCAGAACUUUCAGAGGUGUGGAAUCAUUUUGAUGCCGGUAGCUGUCCUGGUCAAUCAGUUGGAGUGAGGAUUCGCUUAGAUAAUGGAGUCAGCGGAUGUAUAUUUUUGAGAAAUUUAUCCGAUAAACACGUGGAUAAUCCAGAGGAACGUGUGCAGAUUGGUCAAAUGAUAUAUUGUCGAAUUAUGAAAAUAGACGUAGAACGUUUUUCUGUCGAAGCAACGUCGAAGACAUCUGAAUUGAAUGACGAAAACAAUGAAAUGAAACCACCGAAAGAUGAUUAUUACGAUUACGAAAUGGAAGCAUACGAUAAAAAAUUGGAGGAAACCAAGAAAAAAAAAUUGCAGACAUCGCGACAGUAUACCAAAAGAGUCAUCAUUCAUCCGUCGUUUUAUAAUGUCAAUUUUUCCGAAUGUGUUGCACUUAUGGCAAAAAUGGAUCAAGGAGAAUGUAUCUUUCGACCAUCUAGAAACGCGGCCGAUCAUUUAACUGUUACGUGGAAAGUUACCGAAAAUAUAUAUCAACAUAUUGACAUCAAGGAAAUAAAUAAACCGAACGCCUUUUCCCUCGGACAUUCUUUACGGAUUGGCGAAGAAGAAUUUGAAGAUUUAGAUGAAAUUAUCGCUCGAUAUAUUAAUCCAAUGGCAGCAUAUGCGCGGGAUUUACUUACGCACAAAUACUACAAAGACACAGAAGGCGGUAAAGUUGACAUUGCCGAGAACAUUUUACGACAAGAACGAGAGAAAAAUCCGAAUAAGAUUCACUACAUAUUUUCCGCUUACGCUAAAAAGCCGGGUGCAUUCGCGUUGUUUUAUCAGCCUCGAAGAUCCGUUAGAUACGAUUACUUGAAGCUUACACCCGAGGGGCUCAAAUUACGUGACCAAAUGUUUGAUUCGCUGAAUGGUUUGUUGGAAUGGUUCAAGCAACAUUUCAACGAUCGAAUUCCUUAUCCGAAUACUCCCAGCGUGAUGACUCCACGUUCAUACCCGAGUACGAGAAACUCCGCGUUCAACCCUCAAACACCCAUGCUGGGAAUGCCGCAAAUGCCUCCGGGUAUGCCUCCUCUUCCUCAUACACCUCAUUACGGAAUGGUUACGCCUUUCAAUAUGACUCCAUUUGCUGCUGCGUAUACACCCGGGCAAACACCUUACCUCACUCCUUAUCAACGCGCCCCCCAAACACCAAAUACUCCGUUCAAUGCUCAGACUCCAAGAUACGGUCAGCAAACACCCACUCAAACGUCUUUUGGACAUCAUAAUGCCGGUUAUCGAACACCAUCUCAGGAGUCACCACUGUGGAGAAGCACUCCAUCAAGUCCCAACGAAUGGGGAGAAAUUGCCGCCGAAUGGGCGAAAGAUAAGGAGAAAAAUUAGUUGUACUGUUUUUUAAUGAAUUCGUUAUUCUUAUUUCAUCUAUUUUUACGAAGAUGAAAGUUUUGAUUUAAUUUUUAAGUUUGUUGAAAAUUUCCUAAAAGUAAAAGGAUGAUAUACUUCAAGAUUUCAGAUUCAACGCCUGCUAUGGUUUUGCGAAUUUUGAAUAUGAAAAUUAUUAUCCAGCGCUUACAUUUAAAUUGUUUAUGUUUGUUUCUUUUUUAUCGAAGGUAAUUUUUGUUUGAAGUAUGUUUAAUGCUCUCUAGUGCUAGUGAUAUAUUUUCUGUACCAUUCUAAAUGACCAAAAUACAUUUUUCUUUUGUUA